UGCUCUAAAUGAUGGGGCAUGUUUUGACGUUUUCCUCUCCUGCAGUCACCAUGGCGAGGAGAGACUGCUCCGACCUGCUGCUCAGAGGGGAGACAAAGAGCGGAGUGUACACGGUGACCCCUGACCUCCGCAGCAGGAGCCUCCAGGUCUUCUGUGACAUGGAGCUGGACGGAGGAGGAUGGACGCUCCUGCAGCGCCGGCAGGACGGCAGCGUGAGCUUCAACCGCACCUGGGCUGAGUACCGAUCCGGCUUCGGGGAGCUGGACGGAGGGGAGUUCUGGCUGGGCAACAAUAUGAUCCACCUGCUGACCCGGGACCGGGACGUCGUGCUGCGGGUGGAGCUGGAGGACUUUGACGGGGUGAUGGAGUACGCAGAGUACGAGCAGUUCAGGGUGGCGAGUGAACGCAUGCGCUACAGGCUGACAGUAGGCGGGUACUCGGGUACUGCAGGUGAUGCUCUGCGCUUCAGCAAAACUUACGACCACAACAACAGGGCGUUCACCACCCCGGACCGGGACCACGACCGCUACCCGUCCGGGAACUGCGGGGCCUACUACAGCUCCGGCUGGUGGUUUGAUGCCUGCAUGGCUGCAAACCUCAACGGGAGAUACUAUGUGGGGAAGUACAAAGGGGUCCGGGAUGGGAUUUACUGGGGGACGUGGCAUAACAUAUCCACAGAGUAUUACCCCACAAAUGACAGACAGUCUUUUAAAAGAGUCCGGAUGAUGAUCAGACCGAAGGGCUUUGCACCAUGAGUUGACUCUCUGUUAGGGCAUGUUGGGGGGGAUCAACAUUAAAGGGUCUAACUACUAACUUUAACCAUGAGCUCUUCAGAUGCAGUUUAAUAAAAACCCUAAUAUCCACACAGUUAUUGUACACUAUUAACACAAUGCUGCCGCCUUGUGGUGUUUGAUUCUGCAAUACUGAUCUGUUUACAGGAUACUAUGACAAUAACUGAGGAUGUACAUAGUUACAAAGGUUAUAGCCCCGAUUACAUAGUAUCUCUUUAUAGCCUUGAUAUGUAAUGAGAGUGUUUAAUGACGAGAGAGGGGAAUCCUCUUGUGAAGAGUUAUUUUCAGUGAAGACAGAUAGAUAAUCUGACGGGUAACAGAGAGGAAUAUUUUUAUUAUUACAGUACUGGAAGGCCAGCUGACGGUUGAUUUAAGCUGUUUUGGAUGUUUUAUAAUUAAUAUUGUUUUGU